AUGCUUCUUCGUGGAGCUAAGAGGCGCCAUGAGGAGUUCGGCUCUCCACCCCGCAGCCCGGUUCCUCGUCGCAGGUCCAGGCCUUCGUAUUAUGACGAUGAAGCCUUUUCACCUCACGGAAAAAAGACCCACAAGUUGGAUCUCCCUGAGGAGUUUAUGGUCACUCAAGAUUGCUAUGAUGCUCGUCCCCAAGGAGGCCGCAAGCUGUUCAAAACCGUGCAGCCGACUCAAUGGAGUCGGGACUGGGGGUUGGCCGGCAAGCGCAUUGAAGAAAUCACUUUGCCACAGUUGUCUUGGUUGGGUUGGGAGAAUUGGGGUCUCAGAUCCCUCAGUGCCGGAAGCUACACUUCCUUGGUGUUUGCUCGUUCCGUCCGUGAAGGGCAGCUCCUAGAUCAACUUCAGAGGGAGUUGCGGUCCCGUCACGUUGAUGUCGAGAGUGCUGCAAUCCAAUGGGCGCAGCAUGAGAAUGUGCUGCCCAAGAGUUCGUCAGGAGCGUCCUCAGUCUUGACUCGCGAGGACAAGAAUGAAGCGAUGUCGAAAUUCGUAGGUUGGAUUGCAGAUCAGGUGCAAAAGUGGAAUGUGUCAGCGGUGGAGGGGUCACAGCAAGCAAGGAUUCAGGAAUUGGAGCGUCAGCUUACCGAGAUGCGUGAAGCCCAAGCAAGCGGUUCUUCCAAUCCCAACAAGAGGAAGGUGCCAGACAAACCGCCUGGCGAUCAUGGUGAACGUUUGACGGUUGAUGAUGUGUUUCAAGCCAACCCUCCAAAGAAACCCCUGAGGACCGACUGCCCGUCAAAGGCAGGCACAUCGUCGGUGACAGCAUGGCUAAAAAAGUUGCCGCAAAAAACUCAGGAUAAGGCAAUGGCAGAUUACAAGUCCAUUGAGCCGAUGAUGAAGACAUGGGAUGAAGAUCAGUUGACUUCGUUGAGGGACAUUGCCGCAGCGUGGGGGUUGCCAGUGAGCCUAGCUGCAAGCAUGGGCAAUAAGGACUUG